GCAUGAUGUAAAGCUUUUCAAGGACGUAGUUGCCCUGCACAUGUGAAAAUCUAACACACCGGUAGAAAAGCAUGGAUCCAAACAAGUUGAAAGAUUUGCUAACCAAAGGUGGUAAAAAAGGUGGCAGGUUUGGAAUUGGUUUGGCAGCAGUUGUAGGAGCUGCAUUAGGAAUUCAGCAGUCAUUUUACACAGUUGAUGGAGGUCAUCGAUCAAUAAUAUUCAGUCGCAUUGGUGGGGUCCAAAAACAAGUCUUCUCUGAAGGACUUCAUUUCAGGGUACCAUGGUUUCAGUAUCCCAUAAUAUAUGACAUCAGAGCAAAACCAAGAAGAAUUACAUCACCAACUGGAAGCAAAGAUUUACAGAUGGUGAACAUCUCAUUGAGAGUCCUGUCACGACCAGAUCAGACAUUUCUUCCACAGAUUUACAGACAGAUAGGCACAGACUAUGAUGAGAGAGUGCUGCCCUCAAUCUGUAAUGAGGUAUUAAAGUCCGUGGUGGCUAAGUUCAAUGCGUCACAGUUAAUCACACAACGUCAGCAGGUCAGUAUGCUAAUCAGGAGAGAACUGACCGAGAGGGCCCAGGACUUCCACAUCAUCCUGGACGACGUGUCCAUAACAGAGCUUAGCUUUGGGAAAGAGUACACAGCAGCCGUUGAGGCUAAACAGGUUGCCCAGCAAGAAGCCCAGAGGGCCCAGUUCUAUGUUGAGAGGGCAAAACAAGAAAAACAGCAGAAAAUAGUACAGGCUGAUGGUGAAGCCCAGGCUGCCAAACUUAUAGGAGAGGCCAUUCAACAAAAUCCUGGCUUUUUAAAACUUAGAAAGAUUCAAGCUGCCCAAAAGAUUGCCAAAACUUUGGCAGCUGCACAGAAUCGUGUGUAUCUACAGUCUGGGAGUUUAAUGCUGAAUAUCACUGACAAAGACUUUGAUUCAAACCUAGAGAAUCUUCAAAAGAGACGAUAAUGGAACAAACUGGAAAUUUCAAUUCUUACAGAUAACAUAUUUUAUCCAUGAUCAAGUAAUGGGGGCAGCCUGACAGUUUAUUCCCUUGUUGGAAGGUGCCUAUUAUAUAUGAUCAUAAUGAAUUAUUCUACAGAACACAUUUAUAAUUGCCAAUAACCACUGACUGAGUGUGUGAAUGGAGGAAACUUAUUUCUCCAAUCAUGUUGUGAGUAGAAAUAAAAUAGAAGUUUGUA